CCAAAACAAACUGCCCGCCCAAAACUCGGUCAACCAUUGUCCAGUCCCCACAAGCAUCGGUACCCACCCGCUACUGUGUCGAAACGACGCCCACAAACACAAUAACCCCAUAAAGAAACAACCAAUAAUUCCACCAACGCAAGAACAACAACAGAUCUCCAUUCCAGAGGAUUGGAUUUGAAGGAUUGGAUCCCCCUCCCUCUUCAAAUCCAUCCCCCAUUUCCCAUUUCUGUUCGUAUUCUUCUUAUUCCUCCUGCAAGUGGGACGCCAUUGCCAAUUAGGUUAAUUAAUUGAUUGUUUGAUUGAUUGAUUGACUGAUUGAUCGCAUUAUGAUGCAUCAUCGUGAGCAGCAGCUCCCCACGAAGACGAAGACGACGACGACGACGAAGCUUCAGUUGAGCCUAAAGAAGUCAGUCCUCUGGCGGAUCUCCACCCUUCGCCGAUGUCUCCGUUCCUUCUGGAAGCGAUUCCAUGCUUGUUGGAUGCUCAAAUCCUCCGUCAAGUGCCGCCAUUAUCGAGCCGCCGGUGCCUUCUCGUCUCCCCCUCCCCCACAUCCGCCGGCGAAAAGUACUGCUGCGGCGGUCGUUGAUCACGGCAGGGACCCUUCAGAUUUAGUCUCUUUGAAGAUUACUUUGUUCGGCGAUUCCCACGCUGGGAAAACAAGUUUCUUGACAACAUUUGUAGGAGAAGAGCAAGGGCAGAAGCAGAAGCGGAAGCAAGUUGCAGUGACAGGAAUAAACCAGGUGGUGGCUAAAACAUUAGAUGUCAAAGGAGCAAGAAUUUCUUACAGUGUUUGGGAAGUGGAAGGUGAUCAUUCAUCACUUGCCCACAUUCAAACAGCCUGCAAAGAUUCUGUGGCUAUACUCUUCAUGUUUGAUCUUACAAGUCGACGCACGUUAAACAGUGUGAUCAAAUGGUAUCAAGAAGUCAGAAAAUGGAACCAGGCUGCGAUCCCAGUAUUAAUUGGAACCAAAUUUGACGAGUUUGUCAAAUUACCAAUAGAUCUGCAGUGGGCAAUUUCCAAGCAGGCAAGAUCAUAUGCCAAGGCACUCAAGGCCACAUUAUUCUUUUCAAGUGCAACAUACAAUAUAAAUGUGAACAAGAUAUUCAAGUUCAUCACAGCAGAGCUCUUCAAUCUGCACUGGAACUUGAAGCGCAACCUCACCGUUGGCGAGCCCAUCAUCGAUUUCUAACUUCAAUUUUCUUUUAGGACAAUCACAGUCAACCAGUCACUGGACAUUGAUUUAGCUUCAUGGUGUCCACUGAAUUUGUGUUGUUUUUCUUUUGUGUAAUUUUAGUUUUGCAGAAGAGUGUAAAGCAGAGGAAUUUAUGCAGUGCUUGUAGAGAUCAUUGCUGCCUCUUGAAAUUCUCCUAUUUAUGUUUCAAUAAAAAUCCCUUUUCCUUUUCU